GGCCCGCUAUUUUUUGCUGGGAAAAAAAAGGCAAGCAAGCUCAGAAGAGAUAUGGUGAGGAGCUGAAACUGAAAGUGAUGCAAAACAUUCUCUGCGUUUGAGUCUUUGGGAUUAUAUAAAAACUCCAUUUUUUCACUUCCCAUUUCUCCAGCUCUCUGUCUCCUCUCCUUCCCUUUCUGUCUCUGGAUCCACCAAUCACUGACCCGCCUCUUACCGGACCCUCUGAGGGGUCGGAUUAUAUUUGCUUUCUGCAAUGGGCUGCGUCAGCUCCAAGCAGGCGGUUUCCGUCACUCCGGCGUUCGACCACUCGGGUGGGUUAAACUCCGGUCGGGUUCGGGUGGGAAUCGAGAAUGACAAGGCCAGCCAUAAGAGUUAUGGGAACAGCUAUCACAAGAAGAAUGGAGAGUUGAGUUGUUGUGGGAGCGAGUUGGGUGAGUCUGGAAGAGCGAGUUCUAAUAGUGAAUCUUUAAGCUUUAGAUUGCGGAAUUUGCAAAAGUAUAUUGAAGGUGAACAGGUGGCCGCCGGGUGGCCCGCUUGGCUUAGUGCCGUGGCCGCCGAAGCCAUUCAGGGAUGGGUUCCGCUUAAAGCCGAUGCUUUCGAGAAAUUGGAGAAGAUAGGACAAGGUACAUAUAGUAGUGUGUUCCGAGCACAUGAGCUUGAAACUGGAAGAAUUGUUGCUCUGAAGAAGGUUCGCUUCGAUAAUUUUGAGCCUGAGAGUGUCCGGUUUAUGGCAAGAGAGAUAUUGAUCCUUCGCAGGCUCAACCAUCCCAACAUCAUGAAAUUGGAUGGAUUAAUUACGUCCCGUUUAUCAUGUAGUAUUUAUCUGGUCUUUGAGUACAUGGAGCAUGACAUUACUGGACUCUUGUCUUGCCCGGACGUCAGGUUCAGUGAAUCACAGAUUAAGUGCUACAUGAAGCAGUUGCUAUCUGGACUGGAGCACUGUCACUCAAAGGGUGUAAUGCACAGGGACAUCAAAGGAUCAAAUCUUCUUGUCAACAAUGAAGGAAUAUUGAAGGUGGGCGAUUUUGGAUUGGCAAACUUCUGCAAUUCUGCACCCAGGCAACCUUUAACCAGUCGUGUGGUAACUUUAUGGUACCGUCCUCCAGAACUUUUACUAGGUUCAACUGAUUAUGGAGCGGCUGUGGAUCUUUGGAGUGUUGGCUGUGUAUUUGCAGAACUUCUCCUUGGAAAACCUGUUCUUCAAGGGAGAACAGAGGUUGAACAAUUACACAAAAUUUUCAAGCUUUGUGGGUCCCCACCUGAUGAAUACUGGAAAAAAUCCAAACUACCUCAUGCAACUUUAUUCAAACCACAACAACCUUAUGAUAGCUCUCUUCGUGAGACCUUCAAAGAUUUGCCAACAACCGCUGCGAACCUGAUAGAAACACUUCUAUCUGUAGAGCCAUACAAGCGUGGGACUGCCACGUCUGCUCUUGCAUCUGAGUAUUUUAUCACAAAACCUUAUGCAUGUGAUCCAUCAAGCUUGCCAAAAUAUCCGCCCAGCAAAGAGAUUGAUGCGAAAAACCGUGAGGAGGCAAGGAGGAAAAAGAUCAGUGGGAGAAGUCGUGGUACUGAAACAAGAAAGCCAACAAAAAAACCUGGUGGAAGCACUAAAUUGGCACCAGCAGAGGAUACAGCAGCUCGAAUGCAAGGUGCUCAAAAUAACAGCAGUAAUAACGUGCGUAUUUCUAAAGGAGAAGAUGGCAGGUCUGGUGGCGAGGCACGGAAGCCAUCAUUUGACAAAAUGGAAGAUGUUUUCCAUGUAAAGAAUGCAUCCCAAGGAGACAUUCCCUUUUCUGGUCCAUUACAGGUUUCUGGUUCGAGUGGCUUUGCAUGGGCCAAAAGGCGGAAGGAUGAUGCAUCCACAAGAUCCCAUAAUAGGUCCAUUUCAAGAGUUCAUAUUAAUAAUGGACUAGAAACCUCUACAGCAUUGCAAGAAAAGAACAGCAUUGAUUCAAGGCAACAUGAUAGUGGAGAUGUCCCAUUUGGGAUCCGUACAAAUUCUAGGGGCCAUGAUUCAUGUGAAGUAUCCAAGCGUGCUUUGCAGAAUCAGUGGAAUCAAUUUGAAAGGCCAGAUUCCUUUGAUGCUUCUGAAGGGUACCAUUCACAAGAGCUUUCAUUGGCACUUUAUCAAAGAGAGGAAAUGGGAGCAAAGAGAAAUAAUUUGGGUUUUCAAGAUCAAGGAGACAAGGUUGAUUUUUCUGGACCCUUGCUAACCCAAUCACAUAGAGUGGAUGAGCUCCUAGAAAGACAUGAACGCCACAUUCGCCAAGCUGUUCGCAAGUCAUGGUUUCAAAGAGGUAAGAAACUUGGGAAGUGAUGAUCACCAGAUAAUUUGCUUCAUAGAAUCCUUUUUCAGGACAAAUGCAUCUCUCUCUCUUUUUAUGUGGAGAAGUGAUGGAACCUCAGAUUAAGUGGUCAAUUAUCAAGCAUCCCAGGCUUUGUAAGCAAGGAUCAUACAAUUUCUUCCUUCCACCAAUUCCAUCAGACAAAAUGGAGCAUCCUUCACAAGAACUGUGUGAUGAAUGUGAUUUAGGGGGCAGUACAUAACAAAAGGCAAGAGAAAAUAGAUGAGAAAGCGAAGAGAGGUCCACAAUAAUGGUUUGCCCCCUCUACUUUUUUCUCCCUACCUAAUGAGCAUUAGUUUAUUUGUUUAGUUUCCUUUUGUAUUCAAUUUUCUCCUACAUCUUUUGUUCUUUUUCUGUUCCUCCCUUCAGUGAGGUUACUUUAUUUGGGAACUUGUUAUUCGAUUCAUUACAUGUAUCAUUUACCAGUAUAUAAUUUGAAAGAGCAUCAGCAUGAGCAGCAUGAGUUGUCAUCUA